UAAAGCAGCAAGGAGCUGUGAGCAGUCAGAGACAGAGGGGACAGAAAACCCAAUGGAAAAAUAGGAGGGCAAUUUAUAAAAAAAGGAAAGUAAGAAUAACGGAAGCUGAGCAAUCCUAUAGGAAAGCAAGCCAGAGUCUUGAGUGUAUUAAUGUCAGUGUGAGGAUGGCUGGAGUAUGGCGGUGCAUGUUGGCAGUGAUGGUGUUGAUGUGUGUGUGUCUGUGGGGUUCCAGUGAGGCUGUAGGGGGGGCUAAGAGUCGACCGCGACCCCAAAGACGACGUCCCAAGAAGCCAAAGGUCAACCCUAUUGACGUGACCCCACCAGCACAGAACAUAGACAUGCAGCAGAUGACAGGAACAUGGCACCUGCUAAACACUGCCUCCAAGUGCUCAUAUCUGAUAAAUCAUGGGACCAAAGUGGAGCCUACAGUCAUGACCCUCACACGUUCCUCUGCCUCUGACCAAACACUGUCCGUUAGUAGUAAAACCCGACAUAUUAAUCAGUGUUGGGAGAUAUUACAGGUUUACAAUCUAACCCCAACCCCAGGACGACUAAUGCUUAAAGGAGCUCGUCCAGAACUGAACACUGAGAUAGUGAUUGGGGAGACGGACUAUAGCUCAUAUGCAGUUAUGUACUAUCAGAAACAGGGCAAGAUAACCAUGAAACUCUAUGGCAGGUCUGUAGACAAUCUGUCAGAACCAAUGUUGACCAAGUUUGAGCAGCUUGCUGCAAAACAGGAUUUGGGACUGGCAUACCUCUUCCCUUUUCCAACAUACAGUCACUGUGGUGAUGUGGACCAGGAUCAUGUCAUCACUGGAGUUCUGCUGUGUGCUGGUGGCUGAAUGCACUUUUUGUGAAAGCUAUUUAUGAGUUUUUUAGGUUUUGAAUACUACUAUUAACAGCCACUACAAAGUUUUUAAUAUUUAGGAGUUAGGGUCAGGAAAUAAAGAAUGAAAAAUACAAGAUUAAGAAAGGAAUACAAUUAAGAAGUCACAGUUUCCCUUUAGAUAAUAAUUUUUAAAUUUAACAAUUUCAUUAGUUUAACAUAUUAUAUUCACAAGUAUGAACAGCACAUUUAAUGCACAACUGAAAUACAGUGCUUUUCAAAGUGAAAUUUAAAGCUCCAGUCUAGUUUAUAAGCUACUUCAUGGAAUUCAUGGAAUCCAAAAAGUUGUUUUUUUUGCAAAAGCUAAAUGGAUUUAGUGGUGGACACUUACUUUCCUCACCAUGUAAUGAUAAAAUUUCACAGUGCUUUAACAUAUAAGAUAUAUUGUAUUUUAUAUAUUAAAAAUAAUUUAUAUAUAUUAUUUACAUUAUAGGUAAGAAAAUUAUUGUUUUAUAUAAUUGUGUAUUUAUGAUCAGCAUCUUAGUUUUUAUAUAACUUAACUGUGAAAAAAGAGAAGCCUGAAGGCAACUAAAUAAUUUUAAUAGGCUCUUAUUAGAGAGAGAGAGAGAGAGAGAGAGUGGCUCUUUAAGGAAACCAGUGACCUGCUGCCAUGACCUUCCCAAACACUUUUCAUGUUUGCUCCUACAAGCUGUGCAUGUGUUGGUCUCAAGUUGUGUAACAGUCAGUUAUUUAAACUUUGUCAACAACAUGUUACUCAAUCUCAGUCAGUCUUUGUUUUACAGACUGUGUCCCAACAUGUUGAAGAAUCAGAGCUGUGCAACAGACAGAAGAGUGUUCAGCAGUUUUCACACAUAUAUCUGACUACUGUAUCAUUUAAAAAUGUGAAUGUCAGCAAGACAGUUGUUCAAAGACUGCACUGAGGUCUUGAAAUUGUGAAACUGUGAACUGUAAAUGUUACCAUUUACAAAUAAAUAAAACAAAAUGGAAAGAAGAAAAUGUUUUCAGUUUUUAUCAACAAUGAGCCUUUUCUGCUGCCAGCUGAUGCUAUGGUGAGAUGCCAUUGUCAUUCAGUUAACGUUAACGUUAACUGAAUGACAAUGGCGUUAACGUUAACGUUGUUAAUUCAAUCCCAUCUUUUUAUUCUGAGAUUUAACAUUCAGAAUGUGUGUCUAUAUGCAUGCUUCGGGGGUGAGUGUGGGGACACAAAAGAGGGGUGGGGUAGGGUGCAGUUAAUGAAGCCCAGAUGUGGAUCCCUUGAGGGGUUCAGGGAGUUUCGUUACAAAACUAGGUUACCAAAUGUGAAUCUUACUGCUCCCCCUUGCUCCACCCAGCACCUCUUUCUCUCUCUCUCUCUCUCUUUCUUUGUGUGUGUGCGUG